AACAGCAGUCUCUCAAAGCAGGGCUGCUGAGUUUAGUGCGACAGGAGAGACUCGGUUAAAAGAGACUGCGGAUUUAUAAAAAGAACCCGACUACUGUACUGACGAGAGCUAUAUUCUUCACAGCGCUCGGGUACUUGUUUUUGUUGUGUGUGUGAACAAUAUAUCGCACACGCAGGAUCUUCGUGGUUUUGCUGUUUUAUCAUCGUGGAUUUGUUAACACAAUUCGUAAUAGAGAUUUAACAUUUACGAGCGAGUUUUCCCAAGUUUGAAUUGAGUUGCCCAAAUAAUGGUGGGCCAUCUACAUUUGCAAGCGAUGGAUGACAGCUUGAAAGGGAAGAACCGGGAAGGGUUGCUUGACAGUCCGGAUUCAGGGCUGCCUCCGAGCCCCAGCCCGCCUUUCUAUUCCAUCUCCCCGGCUAUACUAGAGAGCCGAGCCGGGGGCAGCAGCACACCCAUUGAACAGCAUGGAUACAAUUACAGAAAGGACAGCAAGGAAGGAAAACUGUUGCCAUAUCUCCUCCUGAACUCCCCUGGGACUGAGAUGAAGCCCAGAAUGUACCCGGUGUUCUUCGGAGAAAGCAUCGAGGUGAAAUCAGAACCAGCUAAAGAAAUCAGGUGCAACUCGGAGGUGAAGUACGACUCCGACAAGCACUACAGAAAUGAAGUCUACUGCGCCCCGAUCCCCACUGUCACCUCUUACAGCGAGACCAUCAUAGCGGCCCCUAACUGCACGUGGCGGAACUACAAGUCUGAGCUUCAGUUCGAGCCCCGGCAGAAAGCACUGCGGUUCCAGAGCACGACCAUCGUCUUCCCCAAGCACGCCAAGAACAUUUACAGAACCACCCUCAACUACAACUCUGCCAGCACCAAGAGGUGGUUUGUGUCCAGCGUGCAGCUGAAGUCGAGCGACGACGCCAGCCCCUGUAUAAUCUACACAGAGGACCUUUAACUGGUGCAAAGCUCAUCCUCGAGUGAGAGAGAGAGUCCUGUAAAGAUCGACAUGCCAGGCUUAGCGGCUCUUUGCUAACAGUGAAAAGGUACUUGAAAUUUUAAUGGCAGGACUUGCGCUGCCUGGAUGAGUGUACCUAUUUAAUACAUCAUAUACGUUUGCUGCCUAAAGCAGACAUUUAUAAUGUUAUUGCUUAGUUGUCUUGGUAUAGGGUAACGCUCUUAUUUUUGUUUCAGUUUGUGAUCUGUGUUUAUUUGUGUUCUGGGAUUUGGUGGAGUGUGCCCCCUCAAGACUACGACUGUAUCUCCUGGGUUGGGAGUGAGACUGGGAGACUGGCUCUUUUUCUUUCAUUCCUUAGGCACUACUCCCACAAUGCUCCAGACCCAGAGGCGGGGUAUCACCAACAAUGAGUAAUACUAUUGGGAGCUAUUGUCUACUUACCUGGCUGACUGUGAGAUGUAGCAGGGGUGUGUGAGGGAAACAGAAUUGAGAGUUUCUGAUAAAAUUAGGCAGGUGUGGUGGCUUUGAUUGCUCUGGUAUACCCACCAUGGUCGUUUUGCUCAGUAUACCAAACAUUUUUCAGUUGAAAUUGCCCGCGCUACAUUCAGCGAAAGAACCCUAGUGUAUUAACCAAUAGUUUAUUUUGUCCAAAACCACAUCUCAACUUUAUAUGAAUACAAUAUCCUGCCAAGUGUCCGGGUAGUGCCUUUUAAAUAUUGGAUGUAAUAUUAAGCGUUUGAAUGCGCAAUGCAGAUUAAUUUUAAUAUAUUUUUUUGGUUGUGUUUCUGAAACAGAUUACUAUGCUCAUGAGUAAAAUCAUUCACCUGGUGUAUAAUAUAAGUGCCUUUGUUUUCUGGUGGUAGCAUGAAAAAAAAAUCCAAAAUUGUCUGUAUUGUGGACCAAAGAUUUCAUACAGAAUCAGGUCAAGCUGUAAUGUACUGAUUUGUAAAGAGAUUCAGCAAUGCAAGGCCGUAUUACUUCAGUAGGAAUGCUUGUUUUACUUGUAGCAGUGAAAUUCUAUAAUAACGUAUUUAAUUAUUUCGUCAAUGUACUUUAACCAGCUUUUCUCGUUGCUAAAUGUAUCUAGUCAAAAAGGUAACAUUACAUUCUGAAGGACAGCUCAGCAGGAUUUUCAAGUGGAAAAACUGAUGCUGCAGACACGGACAAGAAUUGUGCUUCAUAAGAACAUAAGAAAGUUUACAAAUGAGAGGAGGCCAUUCGGCCCAUCUUGCUCGUUUUGCUUGUUAAUCAGUCAUUCUUAAAAAAUACAAAACAUCGUCAAUGAGGAAAAACAAAUUCAGAUGACAACUCCAAAGAGAUGACUUUUCCAAAGUGAACAGGAGUCUGGUUUGUUUGGUAGGUCUCUGUGGGCCUUCCCUUAGCUUUGGUCUUUGCUUAGCUUUGGCAUUGUCUUGGAGGCCCGGUUUAUGCCAUACUCUGUACCUACAGUAUCUGUGAGAUAUAUUUAUAAGGUCUAAAUUUGGGGAAAAUCUAAAGUGAUGCAAUGUUUGUGUCCUUGGCGCUAUAUAAAUAUAUAUAUUGCAUUACUGCACUGCUACUGCCAAGUAACUGGCUUAGGUAGCCCUGGUUUGUUGUAACCUCAUCAAGGGAUUAUGCUUGUUGUUUUUUAAUGACCGAGACAUGGACACUAUAAACAUUCAUAUCACUGUGCAAUAUCAUUCAUCCAGUUGUGCAUCUUGGGCCCUAAUUUUCAGAAGUUGUUGAUGGGGUUUACGAAACAGCAAGGAUUAUGUCUUACUUUUGACAUACAUUUUAGGCCCUUAGUACAAAUCUACUUUUGAAUUCACACACAAAAUGUAUUCCCUAUGAGAUACACAGCGUGUGUUAGCAAGCUUCAAACAUUUCAGCCCUGCAGGUAGAUGCCUGUGUUUCUUGAAGCUGCGCUGCAGUUAAUGCGAUGUGAGCUCCAGCCACCACAGAUUGCGUUCAAGGAUAGAAAAUGUAACUGGAAGGAAAUCCUUCAAGUCUGCCUCUGUUUCACAGUGAUUUACAAGCCUGGGACCCUGGCCUGGUGCAGGAAGCUGGACAUGAAGGAGAAAACACAAUAAAUCAUAAAUCAGCUUUUUACAGCUUGUCACAGGCACUUAUAAAAGACGGCUGAAACAUAAAAAAACCACUUGUAAAGCCAUGCCGCCACCACGCUGUGUUGCUAACACAGCAUGUGCCCGUAGCACUACCUGAUAUCUCUGAAGAUCAGCAGCAUCUGAUACUACCCAGUAUCAGCCGCAUGUCAUUUAUUCCAAUAUAGAGAAAUGUAUUCCUUAUCCAUCUUUUUGUAUUCUACUGUAGCAUUUAAAGGUACUUUACUGAGCAGAUCAGCUCUUAUGUAGGCAAAAUACCUCACAUAACGUUAAACCCUCAAUCAUAAAAAUGAGAGGACUGCUUAAAAAUAACAUGGUGAUAAAAAUCAGACCAUGGUUUCGAUGGAAAGACUGCGAGACUGCUUUUUCAAAUACAGUAGAAUGCCAGACUGGAAGGUGGCUGGCCUGUGUUGUGUACAGUGGCUUGGUGGCUGACCUUGAAAGAAAACAAUGUUGUAUAAUUCAAAGAUUGAUGGUGGGUUUGUUUUAUAUAACACCUACACUUUAAAUCCAGUUUAGCUGUCCUUCAAAUCUAACUUACUGUCUUUCACGUUGUUUGCCGUGCAAACUCUAAAAAUGUAAUCCUAUAAAAAUGAAAAUAUAUAUAUAGUACUUGAAGAAGUGACCAAAUCUUUUUGAGGAUUUUUUUUGUAUCUGUUCC